AUGUGGCGCCUGGCGGCAUGUGCAGUGUUCAUCGCUGCUUCCCUAGAUGUCGUACAAGACGAUGGCUUAAGGGCCGAGUUCCAGCACCUUUGGGACAUGGUGGUCGUCAACCAGCAGUCCCGGAAUGUGUCACAGGGCGAGGCCCCUGCCGUACGGCGGGUAUGCCAGUUUGGCGUGAGCGCUGCGACCUUCGACGUGGCCGAUUGGAUGCUGAGAUACGCAGAUCCACCGUUGGAGGAGCUGGAAAUCAGCGAUGUGUUGGGAACAGACCCGGCAGAGGGCAUGUUGGCGCUCGCUGUGGAGCUGCAACGUCGCUUCGGGGGCCGUGUUCGGAUACGAAGCCAGACCCUUUACCAAAGGCCUCCAGGCCCCGCUGACUCUCAGGAGCUGGACGAGAUCUGCGACCUAGUGCUGUUCUCCAAAGUGUCGGUCCGCUUCACUCUUGAGCGGAUCAUGCACCGGGUGGGCAGCCAUGUGGUCACAAUCUGGGCAUCUGACGAGUGCAUAAGCGAGACAUCAGAGGUGGCCAGCCCGGCAUGUGCUCACCUCAACACCUUCUGGGAGCGAACUUACCUUAUGAUGCGUGGUUACUGCCUUGGAAGGAUUUGCGCAUCUCGAGUCCUGAAGAGCAUCCUUCAAGAUCCGAACGUGUUGGAGCUCCAUUGUGACGAGUUUCAAUCAGAGCAGGGAUCCAAUGCUUCCAUCUCUGAGUUUGGCCAGGACUGGUUCAUCCUUCGCAAUUUUCUGGGCCUCGACGCGAAGGGCAUCUAUGUAGAUGUGGGUGCAUCCCUCCCCUUCGACUACAGCAAUACGGUCAUGCUUGACCGCUGUUUGGGCUGGCAAGGUCUUUGCAUUGAGCCGAAUCCUCACCUCAGCUUUAUCCUAGAGGCCUAUCGCUCCUGUCGGGUCUUUACGAAUUGCGUUGACGAGGCCGGUUUCGCUGGGCGUCCAUUCUCCGACCGGGAUGGCAAGCUGGAGUUCCAUGCGGACUGCCUGCCAUUGACCGAAAUUUUACGCGAAGGUGGGCUUUCUGGCCAGCGCAUCGACUUGCUCAGCAUCGACGUUGAACACCAGGAGUUGGCUGUUCUGAGGGGCUUGUCGUUCGAAGAAUUCGACAUCCGCAUCAUUGUUGUUGAAGUGACGCGUGGUGCUCGGUGGCUGGAGGUCGACUCAAUUCUCUUGCCGAAGGGAUAUGCAAAAGUUGCUGUGCUUGGGCGUGACGUUGUCUACAUCAAGCUUCAGGAGUCGACAACUUUUGACAUGGCGAGUUCGUAA